GAGAGGCGGGGAGGAGAGGAGAGGGGCGCCCAGAAAACGCCCUGCUGCUGAAUCCUCUCAAAAUUAAAACUUUAUCGCGCCAUUGACGGUACGCUCGCAAUAAAGGAUGGAAAGUUUGAUUCCGCUCACUUGUUUAAAGUAACCGCUUCAUAGAUACUUCUGAGGGGGAAAGUUUGGAAAAGCUCAAUUGUUCCCAUUGGAUUAUUUUUUUUCGCUUUAUUCUGGACAAGCCCGGGGUACUUUUUGGAGGGCGGCGAGUCGGAGGCUGUCUAGGCCCGCUGCUCGACAACUUGAAAGAAGAUCUCGUAUCUUUAAUGUGAACCAGAAAAGUUGGACAGAUCGCUCUUCGUUGCUCAGACUGGCGCCAGGACAAGGCAAAAAUGUCGCUAGGAGCGGAGAGAAGGAUGGAAAACCGGCUGAGGCAACUGGAAGCCAUGCUCAAAGAGCCGCGGUCUGCGAUCAACUUGGAAAGUUUGCUGGACUCCAUGAAUGCCCUGGUUUUAGAUUUGGACUUUCCGGCCUUGCGCAAAAAUAAGAACAUCGAGACCUUCUUGAACAGAUAUGAGAAGGUUAUGGGCCAUAUAAGGGAGCUCCAGAUGAAGCCAGAGGAUUUUGACCGAGUGAAGGUGAUCGGCAGAGGGGCAUUCGGAGAAGUCCAGCUGGUUAGGCAUAAAGCCUCUCAGAAGGUGUAUGCAAUGAAGGUGCUCAGCAAGUUUGAAAUGAUCAAACGCUCAGAUUCCGCCUUUUUCUGGGAAGAACGUGACAUCAUGGCGUUUGCUGACAGCCCAUGGGUCGUACAGCUGUGCUGUGCGUUCCAGGAUGACCGUUCUCUCUACAUGGUAAUGGAGUACAUGCCAGGAGGAGAUCUUGUCAAUCUCACCAGUACGUAUGACGUUCCAGAAAAGUGGGCAAAGUUUUACACUGCUGAGGUUGUGUUGGCUCUGGACGCUAUCCACUCCAUGGGCUUUAUUCACCGAGACGUCAAACCAGACAACAUGCUGCUGGACCGCUACGGACACCUAAAACUUGCAGACUUUGGGACCUGCAUGAAAAUGGACGGGACGGGGAUGGUUCAUUGUGACACUGCGGUCGGGACCCCCGAUUACAUCUCGCCGGAGGUUCUCAAGUCUCAGGGAGGGGACGGGUACUACGGACGCGAGUGUGACUGGUGGUCAGUGGGAGUAUUUAUCUACGAGAUGCUGGUUGGUGAUACGCCGUUUUAUGCUGAUUCUCUGGUGGGGACCUACAGUAAGAUUAUGGACCAUAAGAACUCUCUUAACUUCCCUGAUGACGUUGAGAUCUCUCAAGAAGCCAAAAACAUCAUCUGUGCCUUCCUAACAGACAGGGAGGUUCGCCUGGGCCGAAAUGGUGUAGAAGAAAUUAAAAGACAUCCUUUCUUCAAAAACGACCAGUGGACCUUCAGCACCAUUAGAGAGACUGCAGCACCUGUGGUACCAGAGCUAAGCAGUGACAUAGACACCAGUAAUUUCGAUGAGAUAGAGGAGGAUAAAGGAGAAGUGGAGACCUUUCCCACACCCAAAGCCUUUGUUGGCAAUCAGCUGCCCUUUGUAGGGUUUACCUAUUUUAAAGAAGACCAGUUGUUAAAUGCUGUUAACAGUUCAGCUAUGAAAAAAGAUCACCUAGCAUCCAAGACAGAGGACAAUUUAGCACUCCAAAAGAAACUUCACUCUUUAGAAGAGCAACUCAACAGUGAAAUGCAGGCCAAAGAUGAGCUGGAGCAAAAAUACAGAAGCAACUGUAGCCGCCUGGAGAAGAUCACCAAAGAGCUUGAUGAAGAAAUAAAUAGCAGAAAAGGAUUGGAGACGACUCUGAGACAGCUGGAGAGAGAGAAAGCUCUCCUGCAGCACAAGAGCGUAGAGAGUCACCGCAGAGCAGAGAGUGAAGCCGACCGCAAACGCUGCUUGGAGAAUGAAGUGAACAGUCUGAGGGAUCAACUGGAUGAAAUGAAGAAGAAAAACCAGAACUCGCACAUCUCCAAUGAGAAGAACAUCCACCUGCAGAAACAGCUGGAUGAAGCAAAUGCGUUACUGCGUGCGGAAUCAGAUGCUGCUGCACGGCUGCGUAAAACUCAGACAGAGAGCUCAAAACAGCUGCAGCAGCUGGAGGCUCACGUGAGAGAACUGCAGGACAAAUGCUGCAUGCUGGAGAACGGCAAACUCACACUAGAAAGGGAGAACAUCAGCCUGCAGGCUGCGCUGGACUCAGAGAAACGGGAGCACACCCAGGGCUCUGAGACCAUCUCUGAUCUACAGGCACGCAUUUCUGGUUUGGAGGAGGAAGUGAAACAGGUGAGACAGGCACUAUCUAAGGCUGAGAUGGAGAAGAGGCAACUUCAAGAGAAGCUUACAGAUAUGGAAAAGGAGAAGAGCAAUAACCAGAUUGACAUGACCUAUAAGCUGAAGAUGUUGCAGCAGGGUUUGGAGCAAGAGGAGGCAGCACACAAGGCCACAAAAGCUCGACUUGCUGACAAGAACAAGAUCAGCGAGUCCAUCGAAGGAGCCAAAUCUGAGGCUGUGAAGGAGCUGGAACAGAAGUUGCAGGAGGAACGUUCCUCUAAACAGCGUGUGGAGAACAGGGUGUUAGAACUGGAGAAGAAGAACUCUAUGCUUGACUGCGACUAUAAACAGUCACUGCAGAAACUAGAGGAGCUGCGACGACACAAGGAGAGACUCACAGAAGAGGUGAAGAAUCUUAGUCUGAAGAUUGAGCAAGAGGUUCAGAAACGCACUUUGACUCAGAAUGACCUGAAGGUUCAAAACCAGCAGCUCAGCUCCCUGCGAACAUCAGAGAAACAGCUCAAACAGGAGAUAAACCACCUGUUGGAAAUUAAACGCACCUUUGAAAAACAAAAUAUGGAACUGCGCAAGGAGCGUCAGGAUUCUGAUGGACAGAUGAAGGAACUGCAGGAUCAGUUGGAGGCAGAGCAGUAUUUCUCCACGCUGUAUAAGACACAGGUGCGGGAGCUGAAGGAAGAGUGUGAGGAGAAAAAUAAACUCUAUAAAGACAUGCAACAGAGUCUACAGGAGCUACAGGAGGAAAGGGAUUCUCUUGCGGCCCAGUUGGAGAUCACAUUAACGAAAGCUGACUCGGAGCAGCUGGCGCGUUCCAUUGCGGAGGAGCAGUAUUCAGACCUCGAGAAGGAGAAGAUCAUGAAGGAGCUGGAGAUUAAAGAGAUGAUGGCCAGACACAGACAGGAGCUCGCUGAAAAAGACACCACUAUCACCUCAUUAGAGGAAGCUAAUCGCACAUUGACGAAUGAUGUGGCAAACCUGGCCAAUGAGAAGGAAGAGCUCAAUAACAAGCUAAAGGAAACACAAGACUACCUGCAGAAUGUUAAGAAUGAAGAGCAGUCCAUCACUCAAGUGAAACUAGCCCUUGAGAAGCAGCUUCAGUCAGAGAGAACUCUCAAAACACAGGCGGUGAACAAGCUGGCAGAGAUCAUGAACAGAAAGGAGGUCAGAGGUGGUGGAAGUCGCCGUGGAAAUGAUACAGACGUGAGGAGGAAGGAGAAAGAAAACAGGAAGUUGCAGCUGGAGCUGCGUUCCGAGAAGGAGAAGCUGAACAGCACUAUCAUCAAAUACCAGAGAGAAAUCAACGACAUGCAAGCGCAACUAGCAGACGAGUCUCAGGUGCGUAUCGAGCUCCAGAUGGCUCUGGAUAGUAAAGACAGUGAUAUCGAGCAGCUGCGCAGCCUGCUGAACUCUCUCAACGUCCAGUCGCUUGACUCGGCCAGUAUGAGCAGCGGCCCAGACAUGGACACUGAUGAGUCACUAGCAGAAACAAGACUGGAGGGUUGGCUGUCUUUACCAGUGAGGAACAACACCAAACGCUUCGGAUGGGAAAGAAAGUAUGUUGUGGUGAGCAGCAAGAAGAUUCUCUUCUACAACAGUGAGCAGGACAAAGAGCAUUCCAAUCCUUACAUGGUGUUGGACAUAGAUAAACUUUUCCAUGUGCGUUCGGUAACCCAGACGGACGUCUAUCGUGCUGACGCCAAAGAGAUUCCCAGAAUAUUCCAGAUCUUGUACGCUAAUGAGGGUGAGAGCAAGAAAGAGCAAGAACUGGAACCUCUUCCUGGGGACAAGUCCAGCUACAUUUGCCAUAAGGGUCAUGAGUUCAUUCCCACCCUCUACCACUUCCCCACUAACUGUGAAGCCUGUACCAAACCCCUGUGGAACAUGUUCAAACCACCUCCAGCUCUCGAAUGCAGACGAUGCCACAUUAAGUGCCACAAAGACCACAUGGACAAGAAAGAGGAAGUCAUCGCUCCCUGCAGAGUGAACUACGACGUGUCUACGGCUAAAAAUCUGCUGCUGUUAGCAACGUCUCAGGAGGACCAGCAGAAGUGGGUUAGUCGGCUCAUGAAGAAGAUCCCCAAAAAACCUCCAGCACCAGAAGCCCCUCACCGCUCCUCUCCCAGAGUUCCUUCUAAAGUACAAAGCAGUCAAUCCAUGAGGAGACCCAGCCGACAAAUACCCACCGGCAAAGCCAGGUCUGUGCACAACGUAAAGGAACCGUCAGCAUGUGCGGAGAAAUCUGGCUUCAUCUACCACAAGGGACAUGAGUUUAUUCCUUUAUUCUACCACUUCCCUGCCAACUGUGAGGCCUGUACCAAACCCCUGUGGAACAUGUUCAAACCUCCUCUGGCUCUGGAAUGUCAGAGAUGUCAGAUCAAAUGCCACAAAGAGCACAUGGACAAGAAAGAGGAAAGUCUCAGACCCUGUGCUCCAGACCAGUUCAACCCCCAGUUCAACACGGGGUGAGAGGAGAACACGGCCGACCUGGAAGUUGGAUGGAGGAUGUAUUAUAUGACAUCACUUAAGAGCUUUCAAGGUUUAAAGCACGGGGCUUGACUAGCAGAAUAACAUUUACGGUCUUUGCUAAUGGUGACUAACUGGAUAUAAAGCUUAAACAGUGUUACGCUGGGCAAACUUGGGAUGCAAGAUGACAGCUUGGGCAUUAACAAAGCACUUUUUCUCUUUUGUGUCAACCUCAGGUUUUUAAUUGUGACUAGUAACACUGAAUUUAAAUGCUUAAUACUAAAAGUAUGCAUCAGAGGAUCUCAGAGGUCUGUAUCUUCAACUUGAUUGCACAUUUAGUACCAGACUCGAGAUGCAUACAGAUGCACAGCCUUUAAAGCUUCAGCGGGCAUUGAGCAGAGGCCAAUCUUAUUUUUAAGGUUUAGUUCUGUUAUAGUAAUUACCUCUUAUUUGCUAAGGUGUAGCUUCACCUUAGUGAACUACCUCCAGACCUUAACUGUAGUGAGGUUGGUGAGGGCUUGGCUGAAUGCUGUCUCCUCCACCUGCAGGCCUCUGGAUUCGGAGCUUCAGGACUGGCACUGGGCUCUGGAUGACGUGGAUGAUGUAGAUUAUGACCAUACGUUUAAUUUCUGAGGAGCAUGUGUAGGGUUGAAACAGGGUAACCGCUUACACAGGGGCUCUGUUCCAAAACCUCCUAACACACCUACUUUGGCAGCAUUUAGAUUAUUUGCUGUCAUGUAAUAUACACUAAGGUAAUAUUUACAGUCAGUGAUUUGAUAAUAAAAAUGUUGUGUUGUCAAAUGCUAAAUUUUAAACUAUUUUAAUACAGUACAAUAUAAUGUUCUAAUGCCUAAAUUCACUUGUAGCAUAUUUAUUUAAACUAAAUAGAAUUUUAAUAUUGGACAUUUAUCAUUUUGGGUCAGUAAUAUUUUUCUUUUAAUGUUUUUAUAGAAGUUUCUUAUGCUCAGCAAAACUGCAUUUAUUUGGUCAAAAAAUACUGUAAAAUCAGUAAUAUUGUGAAAUAUUCAUACAGUUUAAAGUAACCCAUUUUUUUGAAUAUAUUUUAAAAUGUAAUUUAUGCUUUUGCAAAGCUGAAUUUUCACCAGCUAUUACUUUCAGUCUUCCGUGGCACAUGAUUCUUUAGAAAUUAAAUGCUGAUUUAAUGUUCAAAAAACAUUUUAUCAUGUUGAAAACAUGGUGAGAAGUUCCAAAGAACAGCAUUUAUUUGAAAUAGAAAAUUAUUGUAACAAUAUAAAUUUCUUUACUGUCACUUUUGUCAAUUUAAUGCUUUCUUGUGAAAUAAAAAUAUUAAUUUCCUCUCAAAAAAAUUUUUGCUGACCCUAGAAUUUUGAACGGUAGUGCACUACCAGUCAAAAGUUUUUGAACAGUAAGAUUUUUAAUGUUUUUUUUAAAGAUGUCUCUUCUGCUUACCAAGCCUGCAUUUAUUUGAUCCAUAAUACAGCAAAAGCAGUGAUAUUGUGAAAUAUUUUUAAUAUUUAAAAUAAAUGCUUUUUAUUUAAAUAAAAAAAAAAUGAUAAUAAUAAUAAUAAAUGUUUUUUGAGCAGCAAAUCAGAAUAUUACGAUGAUUUCUGAAGGAUCAUGUGACUGGGGUAAGGAUGCUAAAAAUGUAGCUUUGUAGACAAAGGAAUAUAUUACAUUUAAAAAAAAAAGUAUUCAAAUAGAAAACUGUUAUUUUAAAUAGUAAAAAUAUUUUAAAAUAUUACUGUUUUUGGUGUGCAGGCUUGAUGAACAGAAGAGAUUUUAUUUAAAAAAAAAAAAAAGCCUUAAAAAAAAACUUACUGUCCAAAAACUUGGUAGUGUAUAUGUUUAAAGUAAUCUAUAUAAAAUUAUGAAUAAAAUGAUAAAAAGUAAUAAUUAUAAAUUAAAUGUAAUUUAUUAUCAAAAUUUAUCAAUAAAACUAGUUAAAUCAAAUUAAAAAUCCUAUGUAUCCUUUGUAUGUGUAUUUGUAAAUAUUUAAUGCUCUUUGUGCUAACACUAAACUUUAGGCUGCUCACUUGGUUUUGGAACAGAGUCAUGGAGUGCCUUUUUUUUGUGUGUGCAGUGGGAUUUGUUUGCUGUUGAAGCAAAUUUAAGCACGUGUGAGUGUGUUAACUAUUUGUGUGAAAGAUUUGGCCAAGAUGGGAUAUGGAGAAUUUGCCAUAGCCCAACAAAAGUUUCUAUACCAAUUCUCACGAACACCCUCUCCGCCCUCCAAACCCACAGCAGGCACUCUUCAAUGCAAAGCCAAACUGUUUCUUCAAUCAUUUCUCAUUUGCUAAUAAAGGAGAGGAGGUUAGUUCAGAGAAUUGGUAUUUGGCCUGCUUGUGUUUCUUGUUUGACCUUUGACCCUCUUG